AUGUCUUCUACCCUGCUACGCCUUCUGGGCCUAGCCGGAGCUGCCCAGGCGGCAUGCUCCAAUCUUGUAAUUGAUAACUUCUCACGAUCUACCGUUUCCGGUAGCAACAACCUCGAUGCGUGGACCAGCGAAGACAAUUCCAUGUCAAAGGUCGCCAUCAGCAAGGGCAUCCUUUCGUUCACUCCAAAGACAGACAGUUCCUCUUACUACUACGAGACUCUCGGCUGCGUCAAGGCGGCCACCCAAGGCUAUAAUGCCCUCUCUUUGACGGUCAAGGGACCUAAAGAUGCCUCCAUGAUGCUGGAGAUACAAACCAAGGCAUCUUGUGCAGAUGACAACUACAACAGCCAAUGGGUCCAGAUCAACGGGUUGACUGGCUCGACCCAAAACAUCUCUAUCGCGCUAUCAUCCUUCACAAACGCCAACUUGGACGCAGUCUCAGCCUUCGUCUGGUCAACCUAUUCCAAGUUUGACAAUUAUCAAUUCAGCAAUCUCCACCACUACCACCACUGUUGGUUCUGUGUCGACUUCUCGCUCUGUUGCGGUUUCGUCUUCAACAAGCGCGGCGUCACCCACGGCUCGCGCUUCCUCUGGCACAACCUCAUCCUUCGCCACCUCGGUACGAUCGCCAAGCUCCACGACCAUGUCAGUUAUCCAAACGGGCCCAUCAUCUCGUACGUCUGCUUCCUCAUCCCGCCAAACCAAAUCUCCUUCAAGCUCUCGUACAUCGAACGCUUCUUCGUCAACCUCGCGCGCAGCUGCUUCGAGAUCGAUGUCUCUAACUUCCGUCUCAGUCUCUACUGUCCCCACCGCGUCCGGGUCAUCGAGCAUUCGCUCUUCGACUGUAUCUAUGACGAUAGCACGAUGAAAGAGAUCACUGUCUCGGGAAAUCGGGUCACGCUGAAGCCCAACGGUGGGGAUUCCUACUUUUACAGCAAGGUUGCCUGCACCAACACACAGGUGAAGGGAUACGGCGGUAUUUCCUUGCGCAUCAAGGCCAAGGUCGGCACGACCUUAUCCAUCCAGCUGGCCUCGUCGCCAACGUGCGGGGAGGACUCUGCCUUCGCUACCAAGACAUCAAAGGAACUCGGGUGGACAUUCAACGGCCAAGAGAAGCUCUACAGCAUCCCCUUUUCCAAGUUCUCGGGUGCCGACCUAUCCAAGAUGACAACGAUUCUCUUUGGUUCGUUGUCCUCGGAUGUGACUUUCGGCCCGAUGGCUUUCUACUGCGGCAACACACCAUCUGAGUAUAUUGUCGCGACUCAACCAACCGACACUGCUGCUGUCUCAACCGUCCCUGCCCCGAGCAGUACUGGCUCGGUCAAGAUUGUUGAUAAUUUCUCAAAGAAGGACUCCAACUCUCUUGGCUACUGGCAUGGAGGUGACGUCGAUACUGCUCUCACUUGGGGCACGAACAGGGUCACCAUCAAGGCGCCAGAUGCCGACUUCUCCUUCUACACGCAGCUCUCCGAUAAGUGUGCCGAUAUGACCGGCUAUGACGGUUCUUAUCUCCAUGUGGCCUACUCUGGAAGCAAUAAGUUCUCGAUUGCUAUGCAACAGCACAACCAAGCUUGCGACGAGACUGCCUCGCCCUUCCCUGAGACAUGGGAUUCUCUUGAGGCUGCACGUUACGCAACUGGCAACGAUAUCUACAUUCCCAUCUCUCACUUCAAUAUUCAGCGGAAGCGUGCGAUAGGUAUCGCUUUCAAGGGUUUCUAUACCAACGAAGCUGUCACCUUGACAAAGGUUGAGAUCGUCCCGUCCGUCCCAGCCAAGGUUCUGAUCCCAGAGAAGCUGCCGUCUGGGAAUCUCAUCUUUGCGUGCAAGCGUCCCAACUCGAUCGCUUUUGCUAUUGAUGAUGGCGACCCGAAGUUCGCCCAGGAGGUCAUGGAGGUUAUCAAGUCGGAGAACAUUAAAGUAACCUUCUUCACGGUCGGUGCACCUCUGCGGGACUCCAGCACCAAUUUGAGUGCCAUCUACAAGGACAUGAUGAGCCAGGGCCACCAGAUCGCCCUUCACAGCUACACGCACCCUCGUAUGGAGGGCCUGCCUAACAAUGACGCGAUAUCUUGGGAGUACGACCAGGACAUUAAGGCUGUUCAAGAAAUGUUCGGUAUCACUACGAAGUAUUUCCGACCUCCCUUCGGUAACGAGGGUGCUCGCAUGCGUCAGCAACUCGUCCGAUCCACUAAGGAUGACAACCCUUACAUCGUCAACUGGAACAUUGACGUCGAGGAUUGGCUCUAUGCUCAGUCGGACACUCCCGAGAAGCAACUGGACUCUUUCCAGCGUGACCUGAACAAGGGCGGCUCCCUGGUUGUCAUGCACUACCUGUACCCCAGCACCGUCUCCUACUUGAGGACAUUCAUUCAGAAGGCGAAGGCAACUGGGAAACAACUGAUGAGAGUCGAUCAGUGUAUGAUGGAUCCCAAUGCCCCGCCUUUGUAG